UAGCGGGGAGACUGGGAGAGGAGUCUGGUCCUACCCCAGACACUGGCUUUAGCGGGGAGACUGGGAGAGGAGUCUGGUCCUACCCCAGACACUGGCUUUAGCAGGGAGACUGGGAGUGGAGUCAGGUCUGUGAUUGAAAACUGGUGUGAUAGUUUAAUCGAUUCCUUGUGAGAGACAGCGCCAGAUCAGAAUGGUUCUAAUUAGAGCUGUCCACGGUGCUGUCCACUACCCUAGUAACAUAUGUCUAAUUAGAGCUGUCCACGGUGCUGUCCACUACCCUAGUAACCUAUGUCUAAUUAGAGCUGUCCACGGUGCUGUCCACUACCCUAGUAACCUAUGUCUAAUUAGAGCUGUCCACGGUGCUGUCCACUACCCUAGUAACCUAUGUCUAAUUAGAGCUGUCCACGGUGCUGUCCACUACCCUAGUAACCUAUGUCUAAUUAGAGCUGUCCACGGUGCUGUCCACUACCCUAGUAACCUAUGUCUAAUUAGAGCUGUCCAGGGUGCUGUCUACUACCCUAGUAACCUAUGUCUAAUUAGAGCUGUCCACGGUGCUGUCCACUACCCUAGUAACCUAUGUCUAAUUAGAGCUGUCCACGGUGCUGUCCACUACCCUAGUAACCUAUGUCUAAUUAGAGCUGUCCACGGUGCUGUCCACUACCCUAGUAAUCUAUGUCUAAUUAGAGCUGUCCAGGGUGCUGUCCACUACCCUAGUAACCUAUGUCUAAUUAGAGCUGUCCACGGUGCUGUCCACUACCCUAGUAACCUAUGUCUAAUUAGAGCUGUCCACGGUGCUGUCCACUACCCUAGUAACCUAUGUCUAAUUAGAGCUGUCCACGGUGCUGUCCACUACCCUAGUAACCUAUGUCUAAUUAGAGCUGUCCACGGUGCUGUCCACUACCCUAGUAACCUAUGUCUAAUUAGAGCUGUCCACGGUGCUGUCCACUACCCUAGUAACCUAUGUCUAAUUAGAGCUGUCCACGGUGCUGUCCACUACCCUAGUAACCUAUGUCUAAUUAGAGCUGUCCACGGUGCUGUCCACUACCCUAGUAACCUAUGUCUAAUUAGAGCUGUCCAUGGUGCUGUCCACUACCCUAGUAACCUAUGUCUAAUUAGAGCUGUCCACGGUGCUGUCCACUACCCUAAGCAGUAG